AUGGGAGCAGAAACCUUGGUUAAGAACGGGGAGUCCAAGGCUCCCCUUAUACUGGGACUUCAUCCAGCUGCCCUCAUUGAUCACGUGGCUCGUGUCGGUUGGUCCUUGCUCGAUCAAAUUCCCGGCGAACCUGGUGGCUCUAUUCUGGAGCUUGAGCAUAUAUUAAGCGAGUUGAAAAAGCACAUCCUUGCUUCAAUUGACGAGCCUUCUCCUGUGAAGACUAUGGCUGGGGGAAGUGUUGCGAAUACUAUUCGUGGACUUAGCUCUGGCUUCGGGUUUAACAGUGGAACGAUUGGGGCCUAUGGGGAUGAUGAGCAAGGUCAAUUGUUUGCAAUUAACAUAAACAUUGCUGGAGUUGAUAUUUCGAGACUGCGAAAGAAGAAAGGACCGACAGCUCAGGUGAUCUUCACAAUACAAUUUUAA